AGGAGGAUGUGAGACUGGGUGGAGAGAGCCCUGCUGGUGACACUCAGAGCCCUCCCCUGGAGCAAGCAGGCCCCCUCCACAAGGACCCAGAGAGUCCAGGCGCUGCUUGCAGAGGCUGAAGGCUGUGGAGCCAGAGAAGGAGCCAGCAAAGCCAUGAUAUUUCCAAGGAAAUGUCAGAGUGUACAGAGGGGCUUGUGGAUCACCCAGUUGUGGAUCUGGACAGUGCUCUGCUGGGAAUUCCUGGCACAUCAUGGAACUGACUGUUGGACCUACCACUAUUCUGAAAAACUCAUGAACUGGCAAAGUGCUAGAAAGUUCUGCCAAGAAAAUUACACGGAUUUAGUUGCCAUACAAAAUAAGGGAGAAAUUGAGUACCUGGAGGAGACAGUGCCCUUCAACCGUUUUUACUACUGGAUAGGAAUCCGGAAGAUAGGAAACAUAUGGACAUGGGUGGGAACCAACAAGCCUCUCACUGAAGAAGCAGAGAAUUGGGGAACUGGGGAGCCCAACAACAAGAAAUCCAAAGAGGACUGCGUGGAGAUCUACAUCAAGAGGACAAAAGACUCAGGCAAAUGGAAUGACGAUGCCUGCCACAAACGAAAGGCAGCCCUCUGCUACACAGCUUCUUGCCAGCCUUGGUCAUGCAGUGGCCACGGAGAAUGUGUGGAAACCAUCAACAAUUACACCUGUGACUGUGAUGCUGGACACUAUGGGCCCCAGUGUCAGUUUGUGGUCCAGUGUGAGGCUUUGGAGGCCCCAGAGCUGGGCAGCAUGGACUGCACUCACCCUUUGGGAGCCUUCAGCUUCGGAUCACAGUGUGCCUUCAACUGCUCUGAGGGAACAAACCUAAAUGGGAUGGAGGAAACCCUCUGUGGCCCUUUGGGAAACUGGUCAUCUAUAGAACCAACCUGUCAUGUGAUUCAGUGUGAGCCUCUGACAGCACCUGACUUGGGGUCCAUGGACUGCACUCACCCCCUGGCCAACUUCAGUUUUACCUCCACGUGCACCUUCAGCUGCUCAGAGGGAACUGAGUUAAUUGGGGAGAAGAAAACUGUUUGUGGAUCCUCUGGAAUCUGGUCCAGCCCUCAUCCAAUAUGUCAAAAAUCAGACAGAAGUUUCUCCAUGAUAAAGGAAGGUGACUAUAAUCCCCUCUUCAUACCUGUGGCAGUCAUAGUCACUGCAUUCUCUGGGUUGGCAUUUAUCAUUUGGUUGGCAAGGCGAUUAAGAAAAGGCAAGAAAUCUCAGAAAUGCAUGGAUGACCCAUACUAAUCGACCCUCUGUGAAAGAAAACUCUUGAGGCACUGAAGACUCCUUGGUCCUUCCUCAAAGAGGCCUGCAUGGUGGCAUUCACUGUGUCCAGGAUGCAGUGUUUUUCUUCAGUGCACCUGAAAAGGAUUUCCACGUGGCAACAGCUCCAUCUGCUCACAUUUAGUCCCUUAUUCAUCCCUCGGCUCCUAUCCCUCAUAGGUGUUUAUAUGGCUCAGUAUCUUAAUAUCUUCUAUUUGGGGAAACGAAUAAGAAAAUAGGUAAAGAAUUAUUAUGGAAUACUAAGACAUCUGAGAUUGUUCUUUGCUAACUCUUGUUUCAGCUAAAUGCUGUACCUAAUGACAAAUACAGCAAAAAUUUUCUACAUAUGCAA